AAGAGAAGAGAAGAGAGACGAGAUCGGGAUAUCGGGGACGUGGUUGGGGGUGGCGCCGCAGGCCGCGCCGUCGCCCAGCAUCCCUCGUUUCCCACCCGGCCACCCUUCUAAAGGCGUACCCUAGCACUGAGAGAGUAUCUGCUAGUCAUACGUCGGCCCGUUGCGAGCACGCUGAUACGGCUCCGCGUGUCCGCUUUCGUCGUCCGAGCUCGACGUUCCGAUCGCAAGCUGAUCAUUUUCCUACAAUCAUACGUUCCGUUAACUAAUUAUACAAAUCAAGUUAUAUUAUUUUCAAUAUCCCUUAGUGUUAAAUCGUCCUCGUUAUUUUAUUUCAUUUAUUUAUUUAUUUAAUUAUUUAUUUUCGUCACAUUGCAAAACAUUUUUCGAGCAUAAAAUCUCGAUUAAGUUUGAGAGAAAAUCGAUAGUGUAUUAUUCGUCAUUUAUGCAUCCAUCGAUUGAAUGAUAACUUUUUUUCUCUCUACUACUACUACUACUACUGCUACUACUUUAUUAAUAAUACUACUACUACUACUAUUAUUAUUGAUGAUUUUUAUAACCUGUGAAAGCUCAAUGCUCAAGAAAUGAAAUAUUGCCGUUAUUUUUGAAACUGCAUUUAGAUCUCGUCAGAUUCUCACAUGGUCUCUGUUUUGUUCCCCGAUCCACUACUGCCUUCAGUCGUCGUGGCUCCCUCUUGUCGUCGUUUCAUGCUUCUCGUUUCAGUUGCGAGUUUUACUCGCGCCUGAAGUACAAGAUCAACUUCUACGGAUAUAUUUCUAAAUAGCGCGACUGUUACGUGAGAGGACUUAUUCGUGGGUGUACGUGUUCCCUUUGUGUUGGGUCAGUUUAACUAAAGAAUAACUGUGUCGUCGUUGUUAAAUAUAGAAUUAAAGGACAUUUAAACUAAUGUUAGAAGAUAUUGAACGUAGAUGAGGAUAAUGUCAAACAUGUUGUCCAGCUCUUACAUGUAAUACCUUAGGAAAGGUCAAGACUUGGUGAAAAACGAUAAAAUAAUCGACUUAUAUCUUGUACGAGGCUUUUUCUCAACGUGGAAACAAGUGGUCGUUUACAUUUCAUAUUCCUCGAAGACUUGAGGACGAAAGACUGAUAUACGAAUAACCAAAGAUCAUAGUUAGAAUGGAUACUUUCUUAAUUAUCGGCAUUUUCUUUUUCUGUUACGAGAUGUGCGACUUGAUCAGGCGUUACGCCACGCCACAACAAACGGAUCUUCAUCGAUCGGUCGAAUCUCCCGCGGCACCACCACCACCUCAAAGGAUUUUUUCCAUUUCACGAAAAAUACAAAAUCCUUCGGCAACCUGCUGUCCACGAUAGAUCAGAGAAUCCGAAAAUUUGUCUUUUAAUUAAACGUUGAUUUUUAUCUUUCACAUCCGACGGGAUUGCAUCUUUCGAUAGGUACAACAUAUUACGGUUAUGACGCAUGGAAGAAGAUCAGAUCAGUCUUCAUUUAUUCAAGAUUCGAUUUCAAUCCUGAUAAGAUCUAUUCUAUCUCCGGAUAUUAAUUCGAUUAAUAUUUUGCAUUUCGGAUCUAUAAUUCUAUCAGUCUCUGAAUCAACGACUUCACUAUAUGAACAAAUUCUAAUUCCAAUCAUAAAAGAAUGUUAUUAUUGAACUUUGAUCACUGUUCGAAUCAAAAAUUACACUUGGUCAACGAAGUUUAUAAGAAGUGAAUGUAAAAUGUGUGAAAGUCGAUGGUAUUUGCCGGCGGCGUAACAAAGGAAUCAGUUUUCUUUACGACCGUUUGCGUUUUGCUAGCCAAGAGCCAUAAAGACCGUCGCAUUGAUCAUAGGAACUCAUCGAGUGCAACAAGGAAGUUCCACUUUUCGCUAUCUUUCUUCCUCUGUCUGUCCAACGAUAUCUAUGAACGUAAACAUAUUUUAUGAUAUCCUUUGGAGGGUGUGCGUACUCACGUACGCGUGUCAGCGUCAUAAAAUUUGAUAUUCAGGAUAGUGUUCGACUCUGUUGCAUGUUUGAACGACGUUUAUGCUAUGGCUAGAUUAAAUUUGUUGACUUUACGCGAUAAGUGAAAGAAGAAUUUUUGUGAAAAACAUAUAUAUAUAUAUUAUUAUAAGGAUUACUGCGUUCUUCAUAAGAUAUAUGUAUUUCAAUUAUAAGUGUCGUUAAAAUAAAUAAUUUAUUUAAUUAUCAUCGAGGACGAAAUAAGGAUCACUCGCGUGAUUUUCGCGAUCCGAAGUGAUCCAAAAGAAGAUACGUAAAAAGGGAAUAAGAGAAAUGGACUCGCUGGAACGACUAAUGAGCGCUGGUUCUCACCAUCCAUCCCUUACGGCAGCCACGCGAUCGCAAAACGCCUUUGUACAGGCCAAUCUCUGCUCUGUGAUCGGUCGUAAGGGUCGACACCUUACCGGCACCUUCUGUUUGACCGGAGACACGAUGGAGGGUAUCAUUCAGUGCCUCGUCUUUCUUAAAGCCUUUUCGCUCGUGGGCGGAGAGUUCGACAUGGAGUUGAACUUCGUGAUACAAGAUGCGCAGAACAUCAGGCACAUGUUAGAACUUCUGGAUCACUGCCCACCUAAUCUCCAGGCCGAAAUAUGGAGCGUAUUUAUUGCAAUUUUAAGAAAAAGCGUUCGGAAUUUACAGGCAUGUACAGAUGUAAGUCUUAUAGAACACGUGCUGCAUCGAUUAUCGCAAGCGGAGACUGUUGUUGCAGAUUUAUUGAUCGAUAUGCUCGGAGUAUUAGCGAGCUACAGUAUUACCGUAAAAGAGCUGAAACUUCUCUUCGGCGCCAUGAAAGCGGUUAAAGGAAAAUGGCCGCGACAUUCGGCGAAACUUUUGAAUGUACUUCGUCAAAUGCCGCAACGAAAUGGACCCGACGUAUUUUUCAGUUUUCCUGGUAGGAAAGGUUCGGCAAUAGUAUUACCUCCACUAGCAAGGUGGCCGCACGAGAACGGGUUCACAUUCACCACGUGGUUUCGUCUGGACCCCAUCAACUCGGUUAAUAUCGAACGAGAAAAGCCGUAUCUCUACUGUUUCAAGACUAGUAAGGGAGUAGGAUACUCAGCGCAUUUCGUAGGCAAUUGCUUAGUCCUCACGUCUAUGAAAGUGAAGGGCAAGGGCUUCCAGCACUGUGUCAAAUAUGAAUUUCAACCACGAAAGUGGUAUAUGAUCGCCGUAGUGUACAUAUAUAAUAGAUGGACCAAAAGCGAAAUUAAGUGUUUAGUCAACGGUCAAUUGGCUUCGAGUACCGAAAUGGCAUGGUUCGUGUCGACGAACGACCCAUUCGACAAGUGUUAUAUCGGAGCUACACCGGAAUUGGACGAGGAACGAGUAUUCUGUGGUCAAAUGAGCGCGAUAUAUCUAUUUAGUGAGGCUCUUACGACUCAUCAGAUAUGCGCUAUGCACAGAUUAGGACCUGGAUAUAAGAGUCAAUUUCGUUUUGACAACGAGUGUUACCUGAAUCUGCCAGACAAUCACAAAAGGGUGAGUGAUGAGCAGGAGCUCACGAGCAUGGUGGACCAAAGUAUGCAAACUGUACUUUACGACGGAAAACUGUCGAAUGCUAUUGUGUUCAUGUACAACCCAGUGGCUACGGACUCUCAACUUUGUUUGCAAAGUGCACCGAAAGGCAACGUUCCAUACUUUGUACAUACACCACACGCUCUAAUGCUUCAGGACGUCAAAGCUGUUAUUACGCAUUCGAUACACAGUACGUUAAAUUCUAUCGGUGGUAUUCAAGUACUGUUUCCUCUCUUCUCGCAAUUAGAUAUGCCUUACGAUUGUAUAGCACCGAAUGACAUCAAGCGAGAUCCUACAUUAUGUUCGAAAUUGUUGGGCUUUAUAUGCGAUCUUGUGGAGAGCUCUCAAACGGUUCAACAACAUAUGGUACAGAAUCGUGGAUUUUUGGUAAUUAGUUACAUGCUUCAGAGAGCUAGCAGAGAUCAUCUGACUACAGAAGUUCUAGCAUCCUUUUUAGAACUAACAAAACAUCUGGUAACCUGCCUCAGUGCGAACAGCGAUCUGUUGCUAAAACAGUUGUUUUAUUUUUCAUUCCUAACCUGGCAGCUAUUGGAUCACGUCCUUUUUAAUCCCGCUCUAUGGAUAUACACGCCAGCGCCGGUACAAACCCGGCUUUAUUCAUACUUGGCCACAGAGUUCCUCAGCGAUACGCAAAUUUAUUCUAACGUUAGACGCGUCUCUACCGUUCUUCAAACGGUGCACACGCUCAAGUAUUACUAUUGGGUUGCUAAUCCCCGUGCCAAGAGUGGAAUAACGCCGAAAGGACUCGACGGACCACGACCUCAACAAAAGGAUAUCUUGACAAUACGUUCUUAUAUAUUGCUAUUUCUUAAACAAUUGAUUAUGAUCGGUAAUGGCGUGAAGGACGACGAAUUGCAGAGUAUUUUGAAUUAUUUAACAACGAUGCACGAGGAUUUUAUUUAUUCGCAGGAUGAUAAUUUACACGACGUUUUACAAAUGCUUAUUUCUUUGAUGUCCGAGCAUCCCUCUUCGAUGGUACCAGCGUUCGAUGCGAAACAAGGCGUGAGAACGAUCUUCAAAUUGUUAGCAGCGGAAAGUCAAUUGAUUCGUCUUCAAGCAUUGAAAUUGUUAGGAUUCUUUCUCAGUCGCAGUACACAUAAAAGGAAAUACGAUGUAAUGAGCCCACACAAUUUGUAUACUCUACUAGCCGAAAGAUUAUUAUUAAAUGAGGAAACAUUGUCUUUACCAACUUACAACGUUUUAUAUGAGAUAAUGACGGAACACAUAAGUCAACAAAUACUUUAUGCCAGGCAUCCCGAGCCAGAGUCACAUUAUCGUUUAGAAAAUCCUAUGAUUCUUAAAGUAGUAGCAACACUGAUACGACAAUCAAAACAAACGGAACAAUUGUUAGAAGUUAAAAAAUUAUUUCUCUCCGAUAUGACAUUACUUUGCAAUAACAAUCGUGAAAAUCGUCGAACCGUAUUGCAAAUGUCCGUCUGGCAGGAGUGGCUUAUAGCCAUGGCUUAUAUUCAUCCAAAGAAUACAGAAGAACAAAAGAUAUCUGAUAUGGUUUAUUCCCUCUUUCGAAUGCUCCUUCAUCACGCUAUUAAGCACGAAUAUGGUGGUUGGCGUGUUUGGGUCGAUACUUUGGCGAUAGUACAUUCAAAGGUAUCUUACGAGGAAUUUAAACUUCAGUUCGCUCAGAUGUACGAGCAUUAUGAAAGACAGAGAUCCGAUAAUAUAACGGAUCCUGAAUUAAGGCAACAAAGACCCAUUAGUACAAUUUCAGGUUGGGAUCAGCAACAUUCAGGUAACAAUGGUUACAAUCGACCAUCGCCUUGGACUAAUCAACAAAAUCAUGAAGCUCAACACGUUGAAAGGAAUUACAAAGAGUUUGAUGGAACUGAAGGAAACGAUCGUAUGGAGGAAACAUGUAGCUGUGAUUUAAACUCUAUAGAUAACACCGAAAGCGACGGAAGUCCGGCGAUCGUUAAAUCCCAUAGCGAAACAUUGGAUACCAUGCAAUCUAGCGAAGCAGUCUCUUUAGAUUCAAGAUUAAGCGACAAGCCAGAGACGCCAACAACGGCACGAGAGAUUCACACGGAUACACCGACAAUUUUGGAAGAGGCGAAUAGUGAAGUAGCUUCUUUACCAACAACCCAAGAGACCAGCGAAGUGAUAUCGAUCGAAAGCUCCAGCGAUGUUUAUAGCGAAGUACAGAAAAGUCCAAGUCCGGAUUCUAUGGUGAUUCAGUCAAUUACAGUACAGAAAGAAGAUGAAAGUGUUCAGCAGGAAAUGAUAGUCCCAACGAAAGAUCAAAUAGAAGAUAAUGAAAAUAAUAAAACGGAUGUCGAUGUUGUUAUUGAGAAAGAAGAAGUCGAAAAAGAAGCGACGAAGAACGAUAAUGUGAAUGAUGAAAAAACUGCCGAACCCGUAGAAUCUAAUGACUUCGAAACAAAGAAGGAAUAUGACGAUGAUAAAUCUCAACAACUAGCUGAAAACAAUGAAGCGAGUAGCAUUAAGGAAGAGAGCCCUAAGAAAGAUAAGAUCAACAUGGAAAGUUCUGAAAAGGCGGAGGAAUCCGUUGAUGAUGAAAAGCAAUCAGAAAUCAUAAACGAUAUGGGUAAGGAAGAAUCGGAAUCAUUAGAGCAAGCUGACGAUUCAAAGUACCUCGAGAAACUUCAAUUAGAAAAUGAUAGAGAAAUCAUAGAUAGCGAUACUUCUGAAGCAUAUCUGACACCAACGGAGCAACAAGAGACAUCUACGGAGACGAAGACGAAUGUCGAAGAUGUCGCAAAGAUGGAUGAGAAAGAUUUUGCCGAAAAAGUAGCUGUUGCUGAAGAAAGAAACGUUAGCGUAGAUGAGGAUGCCGAAGAAAUUCAGGAUGCACCAAAAAGUCCUGGUGAUUCGACCGAUAGAGUAGAAACGGAUGAUAACGCGAAAACCAUAGAUAGCAAUGAUGAUAAAAUAGAAGAUAAAGUAGAAAAAGAAGAAAUAGAUAAGGAAGUGGAAAAAGUCGUAGUGAGUAGUACUUUAGAGAGCGACGAACGUGUCGUGGACACUUUAAAGGACGACAAAAGUGUUGUUAUUAAUAGUAACGACGACGAACAGGUAACUGAAAAACACUCAAGAGAGCCGUCCACUAUUUCUACUAGCGUAAGUGAUAAUAAGUCAGACAUUCCGGUGAGAACCGAGGAAGUAGGAGUAACGGAUAGUGUUUCUAGUAAUAGCGAUAUUCAAAGUUCUGUAGAUAAUGUGACGCAAGUGCCAAAUCCUAAACAGCAAAUCCCAACAAUAUCUACAGUCUGUGAUGCUACUAAAAGUUUACCCGACGGUGUGCCUCAAAACGUUAGUUCUAAUGUGAUUGCAAUGGACAAUCCAAUUACUACGAAUGACUUAACUCCAGAUCACGUAGAUGCCCACCGCAGAUCCAGUUUACCGAUUGUAUCCUCCGAAAGCAAUGCCGAGGACCCUCCUUCUCUACCUGUUCCCUUACGAAAGACAUCAUCACCCCAAAAAAGACCAAGGAGUGCCUCAACGUCCACACAAGUGGAUCCGAAUCAUUUCGAAUCGAAAAGAACAAAGCAAGGAAAUCCUUCCACCAGACCAAUGUUCAGUCCAGGACCUACCCGGCCACCAUUCAGAAUACCAGAAUUUAAAUGGUCAUACAUUCAUCAGCGAUUAUUAUCGGAUGUUCUAUUUUCUCUCGAAACAGAUAUUCAAGUUUGGAGAAGUCAUUCGACAAAGUCGGUAUUGGACUUUGUGAAUAGUAGCGAAAAUGCAAUUUUCGUAGUCAAUACUGUUCAUCUGAUCUCUCAAUUAGCUGACAAUCUUAUCAUAGCUUGUGGUGGACUGUUACCACUUUUAGCUUCUGCUACAUCGCCAAACAGUGAGUUAGACGUAAUUGAACCGACUCAGGGGAUGCCGAUAGAAGUAGCAGUUUCAUUUCUUCAAAGGUUAGUCAACAUGGCUGAUGUGCUAAUCUUCGCAAGCUCCUUGAAUUUCGGUGAACUCGAGGCUGAGAAGAACAUGUCCAGCGGUGGAAUUCUAAGACAAUGUUUGCGACUGGUCUGUACAUGUGCCGUUAGAAACUGCUUAGAGUGUAAAGAGCGUGGCAGAUCGUACAGCAUGUUAGGUCGACAGAUUGGUACUAGUAAUAAAUCACACCACAUACAGUCUCUAAUACGAGGAGCUCAGACAUCGCCCAAGAACAUAGUGGAUAAUCUGGCUCAUCAGUUAAGUCCUGUGAAGGAUCCGGAAAAAUUACUUCAAGACAUGGAUGUGAAUCGCUUGAGAGCUGUGAUAUACAGAGAUGUUGAAGAAACCAAGCAGGCACAGUUUCUGUCCCUGGCUAUAGUUUACUUCAUCUCUGUACUAAUGGUCUCGAAGUAUCGCGAUAUUCUGGAACCACCGAUAUCUCAACGUCCACCAAGUCCUGUUCAGACGAUACAAACUAAUGGUGCCGGUUUGAGACCGGGUAGCCCUUCAGGCGAUGGGAAUGGUGGUGGAGGAGGUCGGCCCCUGUUUCCACAGUGGUCUCACCACGUGUACCCACAGUUCCUCCCGGGAUCUCACCCUAACGCCAAUACGAAUGCCAAUGCCAAUGCCAACCAUCACAUCAGUCAGCACCACCACCAGCACCCGCUACCGGCUGCCAGGCACUCUAAUCGCCAGCCACCUUCCAGCUAUUAUCUCCCGAAUCACCAUAACAACCAUUACAAUCAUCACCCGAACAACCAUAAUUAUCAUCGACACCAUCAUUAUCAUCAUCACAAUAACAACAACCACCACCAUACGCUUCAAAAACAUAUAGAUCAGCCCCGAAAUCUCUGUCAUAGAAACUCCGCUGUCGGUCUGCAAGGGAGCGCAGGCAUGAUAAGCCAGUCUGGUUCUCAGGAUGAUGGUGAAUACGAAGUUAUUAUAGUGGACGAAAAUAAUUCCUCCAUCUUGGCUGACCACGACGUUACGUCGUCCGGUCCACCAUCGACCAAGGGAGGUCACAGUGGUGUACCUCGACCACGGACAAUUCUCGAGGAUUACACCUCGUCAGAACCAACGCUUGGCUCUUCUACGAGGUCCGAACCACUGCCACGAAAUCUUCAGAGCAACGACUCCAGCGAAGAGGCUGUUCAUCGUAGCAACAUCACUGCGGAUCCAAGUCCGUCGGAAGUGACGACGGACAACGAGAAUAAGCAUAAUUCAUCUGAGGAAGCCUGGACCGACGUGAAUUUGAACGAGGAUGGUGACACUGUACCCAUAUCGAAUCCUCGAGAGGACCCUCGAAAUAUUCAUAACAUCGCCCAUUCUCGAGGUGAUCUUCAAAACAACGAAGAUAACGUUCUGGACCAAGAAAUAGUGGGAAGUGCGGAACGGGGAGAAAAACCCGCAGCUGAAAUUUCCGUGGUUCGUGUACCGGACAGAUUAGUUGUCAAUCCGGCAUCUCCGAGACCGGAUGAUCUACCGAUCAAAGGAUUGGUUGAUCAUCUUCCUGUACCUACACCGUCAAGAGAAGCCUCGCUUACACAAAAGUUAGAAAUGGCGCUUGGUUCUGUUUGUCCUCUUCUUCGAGAAAUCAUGGUCGAUUUUGCGCCCUUCCUUUCGAAAACGUUAGUUGGAUCGCACGGUCAAGAACUUUUAAUGGAAGGGAAAGGCUUAACCACGUUCAAAAACAGCAAUUCCGUGGUAGAACUGGUGAUGCUGUUGUGUUCUCAGGAAUGGCAGAAUUCUUUGCAAAAAUAUGCUGGUCUUGCUUUUAUCGAGCUCAUCAACGAGGGCAGAUUGUUGUCCCACGCGAUGAAAGAUCAUAUAGUAAGAGUCGCUAACGAGGCAGAAUUUAUUUUAAAUCGAAUGAGAGCAGACGAUGUAUUGAAGCACGCGGACUUUGAGUCUCAGUGCGCUCAAACGUUGUUAGAUCGACGAGAAGAGGAAAGAAUGUGCGAUCAUUUGAUUACAGCAGCACGAAGACGAGAUAAUGUGAUCGCAAGCAGAUUACUUGAAAAAGUUCGUAAUAUUUUAUCAAACAAACAUGGCGCCUGGGGUUACAUGGAUCCAAUGGCUGCAAAGCUGGCCGAAUAUUGGAAGCUAGAUGCUUGGGAGGAUGAUGCACGUAGACGUAAGCGUUUCGUGCACAAUCCACUAGGCUCGAGCCAUCCCGAAGCUACGCUGAAGGCAGCCCUUGAACAUGGUGCACCCGAGGAUGCGAUCCUUCAAGCGCGCGAAGAGUUUCACGCGCAUCUCGCAGCCUCGCGUGCACAUCAGCAACAAUUGCAGUCGGCGGAUCUAAUGGAUGACAGCGAGCUUCUCUCGGAUGAUAGAGAUCUCGACAACGACUUAACAGGUCCGGUAAAUAUUAGUACGAAAGGAAAAUUAAUCGCACCGGGUAUAGUUGCGCCUGGAAUUAUUUCCGUCACGUCAACGGAACUCUAUUUCGAGGUUGACGAAGAGGACGUGGAAUUCAAGAAAAUUGACAACGAGGUAUUGAAAUACUGCGACCAUCUACACGGAAAAUGGUACUUCUCCGAGGUUCGAGCUAUCUUCUCUCGUCGUUAUCUUCUCCAGAACGUAGCGAUCGAGAUCUUCCUUGCGAGCAGAACAUCGAUCCUGUUCGCGUUCCCGGAUCAGACGACGGUGAAAAAGGUGAUCAAGGCGCUACCGCGAGUCGGCGUUGGCAUCAAAUACGGGAUUCCGCAGACUAGGAGAGCAUCGAUGAUGUCGCCGAGACAGUUGAUGAGAAGUUCUAACAUGACACAGAAAUGGCAGCGUCGGGAAAUUUCCAACUUUGAAUACUUGAUGUUCCUAAAUACGAUUGCUGGUCGAACUUACAACGAUUUGAAUCAGUACCCAGUUUUUCCUUGGGUUCUGACUAAUUAUGAAACUAAGGAACUCGAUUUGAGCUUACCCAGUAAUUAUCGCGACCUGUCAAAGCCAAUCGGUGCUUUGAACCCAAGUAGGAGAGCUUAUUUCGAAGAACGUUUCCAAAGUUGGGAACAUGACAGCAUACCACCAUUCCAUUAUGGAACUCAUUAUUCCACCGCUGCAUUUGUCUUGAAUUGGAUGAUACGCGUGGAACCAAUGACUACAAUGUUUUUGGCACUCCAAGGUGGAAAGUUUGAUCAUCCGAAUAGACUGUUCUCAUCCAUUGCCCUUUCCUGGAAGAACUGUCAGCGCGAUACAUCGGAUGUCAAGGAACUUAUCCCAGAAUUCUUCUUCCUACCGGAAAUGCUUGUCAACAGCAAUCGUUAUCGUCUCGGUAGACAGGAAGACGGUAGCUCAGUCGGUGACGUUGAAUUACCUCCUUGGGCAUCUUCACCUGAAGAAUUUAUAAGGAUCAACCGAAUGGCACUCGAGUCCGAAUUCGUAUCUUGUCAAUUACAUCAAUGGAUCGAUUUAAUAUUCGGUUACAAGCAGAAAGGUCCUGAGGCAGUACGAGCCACAAACGUAUUCUAUUAUCUCACAUAUGAAGGUAGUGUGGAUUUGGAAGCGAUAACAGAUCCGAUGAUGAAAGAAGCGAUAGAAAAUCAAAUAAGAAACUUUGGACAGACUCCGUCGCAGCUUUUAAUGGAGCCCCAUCCACCCAGAAGUUCAGCUAUGCAUUUGGAUACUUUAUGGACCUCUUCGACGAAGCUGCAUAAGACUCUUCCCAUUUUGCAGUCACCGAUGAUGUUCUCCAGUAUACCGGAUGACGUUUGCAUGACAAUCAAGUUCCCAUCAAACUCACCGAUCUGUCAUAUAUCAGCCAAUACCUAUCCACAAUUACCAUUACCAUCGGUCGUUACUGUUACAACCGGACAACAAUUCGCUGUUAAUCGAUGGAAUACCAAUUAUGCUGCAUCGGUACAAUCCCCAAGUUAUGCCGAUACACCUCAAGCUCAAGCAGCAAAUCAACCUCUUUCUAUGGAUCCAGUUCUAUCUCAAACAGCAAAUAGUUCGAAUCCAGCGUUGCGUCGCCACUUAGGUGACAAUUUCAGUCAGAAAUUAAAAAUUCGAAGCAAUUGUUUCGUUACCACAGUGGAUAGUCGAUUUUUGGUAGCUUGUGGUUUUUGGGAUAACAGUUUUCGUGUAUUCUCAACUGAGACAGCCAAAAUCGUCCAGAUUGUCUUCGGUCAUUACGGCGUGGUAACAUGUUUAUCUCGUAGCGAAUGCAACAUCACUUCCGAUUGUUAUAUUGCUUCCGGAAGUGCCGAUUGUACGGUAUUAUUAUGGCAUUGGAAUGCUAGAACGCAGACGAUUGUUGGUGAAGGUGAAGCACCUGCUCCUCGUGCUACAUUGACCGGUCAUGAGCAACCGGUCACGGCUGUUGUCAUUUCGGCCGAAUUGGGCUUGGUCGUGUCCGGUUCAUACUAUGGACCUGUUUUGGUACACACGACGUUCGGUGAUCUUCUAAGAUCCCUCGAGGCACCAAAUGGAUUUUCAUCUCCCGAGAAUAUUGCUAUGUCGCGGGAAGGUGUAAUCGUUGUAAAUUAUGAACGUGGACACGUCGCAGCUUUCACCAUUAAUGGAAAGCGUCUACGUCAUGAAUCGCACAACGAUAAUCUUCAGUGCUUGCUGUUGAGCAGAGACGGCGAGUAUCUGAUGACCGGUGGUGACAAAGGGAUCGUAGAAGUUUGGCGAACGUUUAAUCUUGCUCUACUAUACGCUUUUCCAGCUUGCGAGAGCAGCGUGCGUUCUCUGGCACUCUCUCACGAUCAAAAGUUUCUGCUAGCCGGUCUAGCUAAUGGUUCGAUCGUAAUAUUCCACAUCGAUUUCAACAGGUGGCAUCAUGAAUUCCAGCAACGUUACUGAAACUGCUGCUUCUUCCUCCUCUAGCGAGCGAACGCUUUUUCGCGUUCUUUCGCGAAGAUCGACUAAGCGAGUACGGAUCUUUACAAAAUCUGUGCCGGAAAACAACAACGACACGCUUAUUCCAAAUAUCGACGAGUAAGGAACUAUAAAAAACAAAGAUGGUCAGUGUUUCUGUGCAAGGAAGAGUUUAAGAAAAAAAGCAAGCAUAGGGAAGGACGAAUCCGUAUUAAAUAAUUCACAAUUAUUCCGCGUUCAGCAAUAAGCUCGCUUUUUACAGAUUGGAUAAGAACAAAAGUAGUACUUUUUCAAACGUUUUAUGAAGAGAAAAUAUUUGAACAUUGCUGAUAGUGAAAGAAAGAGAGAGAGAGAGAGUGAAAAAUAGUGUGAGAGAGAGAAAAGUCGAUAGUGAAGACAAAUAUUCGCUCGAUUUUCGCACGUUCAUUUUCCCCUUCUCUAAUAUUGAAAUGGACUGUCGGAAAAACGAGAAAGAAAUUCUUUUUCAAUUUUCCAACAGUCCUGAUCGAUGAGAGUUAAGCUCGCUUUGAGCUUUAUAAUCGAGCGAUUAACACGCUCAAUGCUAGUCAAUUAAUCAAGACACGGAAGUAGCCAAGUUAUUCUCACGUUUUCGAUAAACAAAGCGGAUCGGAAUUGACAAUGAAAAAAUAAAGAAAAUAAUUAAAAAUAUUUAAAAAAAAAAGAAAAAAGAAAGAAAAAAGAAAAAAGAUAAAAAUAUAAGAAAAGGAUUUGCGAAGACGAGAGGAAAAUCUAAAAAAAGAAGAAAUAAAAAACAAACAAAGAAAUAAGUAAUGCUGACGUAACACGCACGGCAAAUCGCGAGUCGUUUAAAAGUCGCGUUAUUUGGUUUUUCUUCGGCUGUGUACAGGAAAUCGGAGCGCGUAAAAAUUUAUUUUUACGCCUCUAAUUGCGCGGGUUCAUUCAUAAUUCUCGUACUCAAAGCCAUUAUAAUUCCGUUUCUUUUAUCCUUCAUUAGUAACUCUUUUCUUGUAAAUAAUGAAUCGCCGUUUUAUGUAAACAUUAUAUAAACAUAUAGAUAUAUACAAACAUACACACACAAACAUAUAUGCAUAUAUACAUUAAUAAAAGGCGUGCGGAUACUUAAAAAUAAGAGAAUUACAAACAAUACACAGACACAUAUGCUUUCGUUAGAGUUAGGAUAAACGAUUUGGAUUAAAUAAAAACAAAUACAAAAAAAAAGAACAAAAAUAUGAAAAAAAGAAAAAGAGAAAAAAUGCAGUAGAAAGGAAACUUCAUUACAUUACAAAAGAGUCUUUAAAAAAUUAGAGAGAAAAAACGAGAAAAAGAAUUACGUCACUCUCACGGUUUUUCAACCUAUUUCGGUUAAGAGUAUGCGAGCAGCAUCUCCCUGAGUUUUGAGGCACGCGAAAUGAAAAUGGUAGAGAUAAAUGAAUAAAAAAAUAAAGAAAGAGAGAAAGAGAGAAAAAAUAAGUUAAUGCGAGACAAAUGGAAUUCUCUUCUUUAUAUACUCUGCCGUCCGCAAAGCUUUUAUAUAAUCCAUAUAAUCUAUGCUAACAAACACUUUCCUGAAUCACUCCUGCUAUCUAUUUAAGAUCCCAUUCCCCCAUAAUCCGACUUACUAUAUGCACUUAAGAAAGCCUUUCCCUGUUUACUACACACCUUUUAUCCUUGACCUACCCUUAUCCAACAUUCGCGUCCUUCGAAAAAAGAUCCUAAUUUUAUCAAAGCCGUCCAGCUUAACUUUUUGCGAGGAUAUUUCUUGGUAUUUUCGCACACGAGAUAUAUAAUCAGCAGAUCGAUUACAUUACAUAGGCUAAAGAAAUGUGUGGUUUUAAACAUCUCGAAUUCAUUCUGACAUUGGUUCUUUGUAUCAUCGAAGGAUCUACAUUUCUUCUUUUGCUAAUGGGCGUCGCGCGCCCAUCGUGAAAGUUGAUAUUGUGUGAUAGAUAGAAUGAAUGAGAGAAAAAAAAAGAGAGAGAAAGUAUAUUACGUGUGUAAGAGAAAUAACGAGAGUUCGAAUGAUUUAAGAUGACAGCGAAAUAUCUUGAUUAGAAGAAAAGAAAAAAAAAAAAGAUCGAUAUUAAAUUACUCUGAAAUUGAUUUUUAAUAGAAUUUGUACGAAGUCGUUUUUACAUGAGAAAUAAAUAAAACAGAGAAUGAUCACAUUGGAAAUGAGAAUAUGAUCAUUUUGCCGUAUUACUUUUCUCAAUAGAUCAAGAUUUUUCGUAACUCGAAAAUAAAGAACUCUCGUGGUAUGGAUGCUAUUGAAAAAGAUAAAUAAAAGCACGUAUAACUUCUUCGAGUCGUUUGCACUUAGUCUUUGAUGCACGCUUUCUUCGAGCGUACGACUCAUCGUCCUCGCUUCGUUUCGCUUUGCACAACGACACAAAAUUAAUCGAGCUGUCUCGCUAGACAAUCGUUUUUACCCGCGCGAGAGCACGCUAAUUACCGCGAUAGAAAAAGACAAGUGUUGAUAUCGGUUAAGUGUGUUAUAGCAUUUGCAUUUUUUUCGAAGACUUCAGGGAAAGGUCUUUGUGUUGCGAGGUGGGACGAAGGAACGAAAAUAGGUGUGAAACAAAUUCUGUACGAAUGAGAAAGAGAGAGUUUUCUUCAAAGAAUAUAACAAAAAUCAUAUGCGGAAUUCGUGUUUACGGACUCGCGGAGGCUAUUUUUCGCGAUUCCAUUGAAGUACAAUAGGAUUCGUUAUAUUAAGAAUAGUUGGACAAAAAUGGAUUUGAAAAUCGAUCUUCUCAUUUUGACGAUAAAAUUAAAUUAAGAAUUUUAACAUUAAUCUUCAUAUCUUCGUAAAGUUUUAUACUUUCGUUUGAAACUCCUUUUAUGCAUUUAUCUCAAUGAUCUUAGAUAUUUUCUAUUACAGAUAUAUAAUUAUAAUUAUAACACAUUUAUUAUAUAUUAUAAAUCGACCAAGUAAUUCAAUGUUACGCACGUCAUGAAUCUGCAUAGAUCGAAAUCCAUUUACCGCGUCGUCGACAUUUAUUUAAAAGGUUCGAAUGAUAAACAGCUCAGGAUGCUAAGCUAGUCAGAGACGACUUCUCUUUUAUAGAAGCAGAGGACAAAGAUGAAAAUAGUCGCGAACGAGGGUCUGCGUGGUCCGUAUCGAUCAUAGAUGUUGAUAUAAUAUUUAAAGGAAUUCUUAACGCUGUUAUUGUCUACGGCUUAAGUGUAAAAAUUGUAGGAUCGCAUGGUGCCGUCGUUUGUACUGUUCGAAUUUCACGCAAUUCAACUGUCGAGAAUUAAAUAUGAAAAUCGAUGCACGAAAUUGCGUUGAUGCUUGCAUCCGACAAUGGAUCGAUCGAUCCUCUCGAUCGCUUCUCGUACGUAUGGUAAUACAUCAUUAUUGAUGAUGAUGAUGAUGAUGGUGAUUAUAAUAAUUAUUUUUAUUAUGUUUAUUAUAACUAUAAUGGUUAUGAUUAUAUUACUUUUAUUGAUAUAAUUACUAGUAUUAAUAUAGAAAGGUAAGGAAAUCUUAACAAAAAAUAAUUAAAAAUAAAAAUAAAAUAAAAGAUAAUGUUUCGUGUGCAACGUGUUAAAUAAUGGUAAUAUUCGCCAAAUCGUUGUGAAUGCAUUCUUUUCUGAUGAUCGUAAAAUGUUUCCUUCGCAGGAGAAACAAAAAAUGGGAUUUAAUUAUUAUAGGCGCGAUAGGGGAAACAUGUGUACGUGUAUGUGUGUGUGUGUGUUAGCGAAUGAAAGGAAACGAAUGAAAGAUACGACGAAGGUCGAAGAAAGUGGUGGCAAUAGGAAAGAAAGAGUCGUGCCUGAUGCUUGUAAGCACAGUAUGAUUAGUUUUCUCGUAAACGUGUAAGAAUGUAUUUCUAUCGCCCAUGUAAUCCUUUUACGUGUACUUAAAUGUACAGGCGCAUAUUAUCGACGUCUUAUUUUCGCUACUAAUGAGAGUGUGAGAGAGAGUAUAUGAGAGAAAAAAAGAGAGAGAGGAAUGUAUGAAGAAAAAGAAUAACGUGGAAAGUCACACACGUAACAAACACAUACAUACACACACACAUACACAUACACAUACAUUCAGGCACACACACGUAACACACUACUACGUAAACGUUUAUCAAGCGAUUUCCUGCUUUCCCUCUCGACCUAAUGUUUUUCCGCCGACGUUAGAAAGAAUCCAAUUGUUAUUAUUAUCAUCAUUAUAACAAUCAGUACGAUAACAAAGGAAAUUAUUCUACUAAGAUUUUCUUUUUCUAUCGAGCGACGUGGGAAAAACUUUCGUUCGAGAAAAGCAGUAAUUUAAAAACAUCGUCGAUGAACGUGUCUCUAGUGGUGCGAACAAAUUUCAUGUAAAAUGAUAAAAAAAAGAAAAAAAGAAAAUAAAAAAGAAAAAACAAAAGGAAAGCAACAAAAAAAAAAAUAAACAAAAAGAGAAGAAAGCAAAAUGUGACGUGAAAAGAAGAAUUUUUAUAUUUGUUUAUAGAUGUGUGAGAAUGCUGCACUUUUCGAGCAUGUGUUAGUGAAUUCCCUCCAUAUUGCUAUAUAUAAAUACAUAUAAAAGGAAGUUAAAAGAAGCAACAACAACAAAAAGAAAAAGAGAAUAAAAAGUAAAAAUGAAGAAUGGUAAAUAACAAGUCGAUUUUCUGUCCGAACUUGUGUGUGACUUCAGUAUAUAUAAAUAUAUAUAUAUAUACAUAAAAUAUAUUGCUACUAUUUUAAAUAACGCUAAGUACAACGCUACGAGAGUUUGCCUAUAAUUAUAUUAUUACGAUUAUUACAUUCUAUUGUCAUUAUUAUAUCGAUUAGUAUCCUUAUUGGAUUAAUACGGAUUAUGAAUUAUAUCGAAUAAACGUACUUAACAUUACGGAUGAGCAAAGAAAGUGGAGGAAAAAAAAAAAAAAGAAAAUAAGAAAAACACGAUGAAAAACAAAUAAAAAGAGAAAAGUAAUAAAAGGAAGAAAAAGAUAAUAGCUUGGGGGAGGGGAAGUUAGGAGUAUUACUAUAAAUUUGUAUAUGAUACAUAUGUAACAAGAGAACAAAAAAAAAAAAAACAAAGUUAAUGCCCAAAUUAAUUAAUGUUCUUGCGUGUUGAGCAAACGAUAACAGGGAUAUGUUUUACUUAAUUUAGAUAAUCGGUCUUUAAACUAUUAGGCCGAUAUUAAAAAAAAAAAAAAAAAAAAAAAAAAAAAAAAAAAGAAAAAAAUAAAAAGAAAAAAGAGAGAGCUACGAAGAACAUAAAUCAGUAGAGAUACUCUCGAGCUCGUAAAAAAAGGAACAUUUUCUUAAUCGAUUCGUUCGUACCUACACGAAGGGCUGCCUGUAGUAUUAUUAUAAAACUAUGAUAGAGAUUAAUCGACGUGUUCGUAACGAUUCAUCGCAAAUUUCGAAUAGGAAAAAAUUGAUGAAAGGAAAAGAAUGAAGAGAAAGUAAAAAAUAAAAAAAAAAUAAGAAAAUCGAUUAGACAUUUUCGUUUUGAAUCGUUUCGAAUACUCGCCUUCAUCGAUCCUUCGUUUCGUUAUUCGCGGCGUUUAAGAGCGACGGGGAAAAACGAAAGACAUUCCGAACAAAAAAUAUAACUGCAGGACAUUACGAAGGAAAAGAACCGAUUUUUAGUCCGAUCGUUUUAGCGGAUAGAUUUGUAAGAUCGGAAGAAUAACAAACAAACCAAAAGAAAAAAACAAGAAAAGAGAUAAAAAAAAAAAAAACGAAUUAAACGAUUCAAUGAGUGCAUAAACGUUACUGGAAAAAAAUGCUUGCUUUACGAUUUCGCAUAAUAGUGUUUUUAAAUAUUGCAGUGAGGAAUAUCUGAAAAAAAUUGGAGCUUAGAUGCUCCGACUUUACUUACCGUAAGAUCGUUCUGCGGUAUCCCUGGUGUGUUCCUCUUUAAAAUCUAAUGUUAUGUAGAUCGAUUUUGUAUAAUUCUUACGAAUUUAAUAAAACUCAAAAUCCCCCCCGCGUUUAAAAGAUGAUAUAGAUGAAUGAAUUGAUAAAAGGAAAACAAAAGGAACCAAGAACGAUCUUUGAAAGAUCUUUGAUUUUCCGACGAAGCCAAAAUCGUAAUUAAAAAAUCGUUGAUCGAUAGGAAUGAGUCGUGUGAUUUUAUCGAGUUAUCGUUUUUUCGCGAACAAAAAGAUAAAAAAAGAGAAAAAUAAAAAUAACAUCCGAGAGGAGGAGAAAUACGGUGUAGAAGUUUAUUCCCGCCACUUUUAACGAGUACGUAUUAGGUAGAAAGGUACUUAAGUCGUUGCUACCACAUUACCAAUAUAAGCUCCAUUGCUUAUUUUAUACUUAGAAUUAUCGUAACGUUUCGAUUUAGAAGUAACAUAAUGGGAAAGUUGUAUCUUUAGCUUAAGAUUAGAUUAAAAUCUGUAAACAUAAGUAGUCAAAUAAAUGAAAAAUACAUUUGAUGUUGCA